GGGGUACAUGGAGAAAGGAGCCUUGGCCCCCUUCCAAAAUUAAAUCUUUUUUACAUUUUAAUUCAUGUUUAAUUAGCUUCAACAAUCAAGUGGCUCUCAACCACAUUUCAUGCUUCUCAUCCCCACCACUUCCUCCAUUUCCUCAUGCCUCAUCAUUUCACCAAAACUGCAAUUCUUGAAAUCAUAUCCAAGCUUCACAAUAUUCACAACAACAAAAUUAGUCUACUCACAAGAAAAAGAAAAAGGUUCCCACGUAAGGCAUGAUUGCCUAGAUCCAUGCUAGUGUUCAUUGCUUCUCACUCUCUCUCUAGGGAUGAAACAGUGUGGGACAGUAAAAAAAAUAACUUUUCAUAAAGGAAAAAAGAAGAGUUUUACUGCAUCUGAUAUGAAAGGAAAAAAGGGACUAACUUGGUUUGGCAUCAGACUAUAGUAGAUGAAAGAAGAAAGAUGAGACAGAGAUGAAGGAAACCGUUUUCAUGAGGGUAUUGUUCUGCAAGAUCCGGUGUCCGCUGAUGUGCUUCUGCAAGCCCUCAGGUACUCAUGUUUAUACUUCGAAGGCGUUGAAGCUGGAAAGCGCUCCACACAUCGUUCCUCCAGCAGUCAAUGCUAAGCCAUCGGAUGAGGGUGUCAAAGAAGAAGAGAGUGCUGAUGCGGAGCAUGGAGAUGGCACUGUGACGAAAAGCUGCGUGCGGAAGGUCUUUCCUCGCCCCAGCUCCACCAGAGAGAUUAGGAAGAAAAAAGUGCAGUGGAUGGACCAGUUGGGGAAGGAACUUGCUGAGAUCAGGGAAUUUGAAUCUAGUGACUCUGGAGAUACUGAUAAUGAAGAAGAAAGCAGCCGUUGUCUCUGUGCCAUUCUAUGAGACUGCUUGCUGAGGCAGAGGUGAUCCAGGAGAUCAUUCAAUCUGCUUUUUUUUUGGCUUCAUUUUCACCUCAGUCAUCUGCUAAUUUCUGCUUCGAAUCCAACCAAGAAUUCUAUCUGAACAUUGUGUAAGUAACCAUCCAAUCAUCAAUCCUUUGUAACAAAGAUUCAAACUCGACCAAUUUUAUUAGUUUAAUGCUUGUAUGCAAUUUGCAUCA